AAAACGACUCUUAAUAGCCUUAGCUGGUUCGAGCCUGCCCUUCCAUAACGAAUCCUUAUCAUUCGUGACUGUGCCAUUGUACGUAUGGAACAAGGCAACGCGGAGCGGUCUGUUUUUUCUCCUUUACAGACGAACGUGACGCCCUUUAGUUCCUAUAUCCGCAGGCAUAUCGGUACAUUUCCCGUACAUGAUUAAAGAGUUUGCCCACGACGGUUGUUCUUACAACUACCCAAAUGCGCGCUCACGAUCCUCUCGACUGCAAAAGGCUCAGGACACAUCCCAGUGGUUUUCUGGAUUCUCCGCGAAUUCGCCCCAUCAUGGUCGUCACACGUAUACGGACAAGAUAUCGAGUCGACUUCAGCUUGGGAGUAGUGCCAGGAUCACGAACGUCCUCGGUGGCGCUGCCGUAAAAGGCAGGGUGGCUUCAGUCGCAAACAGCAUCGAGGCCGAGUUGGCCUAUCCCGAAUAUCGGGAUUACGAAACAAGACUGGCUGUGUUCGACCAGGAAACGCGUGGAAACGAGAGAAUACAAGCUAUUGCCCGUGCAGGUUUCUUUCUUGACGGAUGCGUUCUGAAAUGCUUUAAAUGCGGUAUUACAAUAACGUUUCGUACGUAUUCAUGUACGACCAGUGGCGAUAUUACCGCUGAUCAUUUGCGAAGAAGCCCGCAAUGUGCUUAUGCAAAGUCCGAGCAACUGCGACAGUUAAUGCGGUCGUCCGCAAAUGAACGCUUACGAACAUUCGCCGGAAGAUGGACUCAGAGCAUUCCCAAUGAGAGCCUAUUAGCCAAGACAGGCUUUUACGUCGACCCGAAUGGAGACGGUGUUCCGGAGUGCGCUUUCUGCCGGAUCAAAAUAUCAUCAUGGUCACCAAAUGAGCACCCUUUCGAUACACAUGGCCGUUUAGCUCCGUUCUGUCCGUUUGUCGUUGAUCCACCGCAAGACGCAAUCGGUUACGACAUUUGUGGUACGGGUCCUUAUGGUCAGGCUGUUCCAAAUGCUGUAACGCAUUCAGCUCCCCAAUACCCCAACCUGGCGUCUCCGAAAGCGCGAAUGAGCACGUUCGACACCUGGCGAGGGCUGGUAGACCCGGAAGCGCUUGUUGAAACUGGGCUGUUUUUUUUGAAGGAAGGUGAUUCAACUAAGUGCUAUCAUUGUGGAAUUGGAUUUCAAGGCUGGCAAGAAACAGAUGUGCCUUGGGAAGAGCACGCCAGGCUUUCGCCAAACUGUGAGCUAAUCAGGCUUCGAAGAAAGCAAAAAAUUGAAGGUCUGCAAGAGUCUCCUGGCGAGAAGAACCCCUUAACUUUUCUGCGCGAAGGUAAGAUUCAGCUUGAAUCGAGAGAUGGAGAGGUUCCAGCACCACCAUCGGUGUCGACAAAGCUUAACCCGCCCCAGGAGGGAUCAUGCAGUAUUUUCAAUACGCCAGAAGGCCUAUCUCAAUCAGCAACGAGUAGUUCGAGAGCCUUAAACAAUUCUAACAUUAAAAUAUUUUCGUCUCCAGGGUCUAGAAACACGGAAUCCUUGACCUGCAAAGUCUGCCUGGUGCGACAAAGGGAAACCGUAAUGUUACCAUGUAAUCAUUUUGUUACUUGCGCCACAUGCGCCGCCACAUUGACCCAUUGUCCGAUGUGCGGAACAGACAUAGAACAGUUGUUUAGACCAACUUCGAAUUAAGAUUCAGAUAGUAAGUAAAAUCAUGUACAAUUAGCGUACACAGUUUGGGAAUAUCGUAUCAGCUUUCAUCAAUGGACAGAGAACAUAUUGGUUUAGUUAUACAACCGUAUCAUAGCUAGAGUUUAACGAAAGAAUUAGAUUAAGCAAAUUUUCCGCAUAAAGGCGCGCACAAUGUGGCAAAAGGCAAAACAUUGUCUCUUUUCAAAGAAGAUAGAAAAGCAUUUAACGUAAAGAAAACAAACUUGCAUAUCUGUGAAGAACAUCGUAUAGGAUAUUUGAAAAAAGGAAAAGGAUAUAUGGAAAAGAGUGACAAGAGCACUAAGUACAGCAAACAUUGGUACUGUUUGUUAUACCUGAUACAUUUUGACGCUGUCUGACACAUAAGGAAGCCAAGCUACAUCUAAAAGCUCGCAAACCCAAUUAAGGAGAAGCCCUAAAAAAAACUGUGAGACCACUUAUGAUCUGUCUGCAAAUAUGGUAGGUUCCGAUAAUAAUUACUCGGAUAAUUCAGUCAUUUUUACGUUUCAUCUUAAAAUUGCUAAGUACAAAUGGCAGCCUUCAUAGGAAUCACUGUAUGGGUAAACGAAAAGUUUCGAGGGUGCUGCGAUUUCCCGCGAGUAUGUUGCACAAAGUAUAAUAUCCAUAAACCUUAUAUCAACCUUGACCUUACUGUUGUUAUCUUCACGUAGUUAUUGUUAUUGUUGUUGUUGAGGUUCCUGUUGUUGUUGUUGUUUUGGAAGUUGUCAUGUCUAUUUAUACGACUCUUGGAAUCAAACGCGAAAUAUCGAACGUGAAAUAAAAUACGUUUCAGUACAUCAAUGUUUUUUAAUUAUAUCAGUGUUUUAUGCUAAAAAAUCCAACCUUAAGUAUAAGAUAUUAUUAUAAAUAUUUCGCUUUUGUCGCCGUGUAAGUUAAAGGCUGCGUUGCAUGCAAGGUCCACAGAUAUUUAUCACUCGUACAGGGAAUACGGCAUGUAGUUAUAAUACUAAUUAAUAAUAAUAACUAUAAUAAUUAGUGUCUGAUAAGGUUGAGGAUUGUAUCAGAGUUCUCUUUUUCUAAGUGAUAAUAAAGCGAUAAUACUUCAUUGAAGUACUUAUUAUAUGC